AUGGUGAAAACCAGCAUUGAGAGGCAGGACACACAAAUGCGGCCAGCAAUUUCGGCCAAUGAAAGUUUAUCGUGUGUGCUACGUUUCCUGGCCACAGGGGAAUCAUACAGAAGUUUGGAGUUCCAAUCAAGAAUUUCGUUGGCAUUCCUCUCUGAAAGAGUCCCAGAGAUCUGUAAGGCGUUAUAUGAAAAUUUGCGGGGAACCUAUUUGCAAUUUCCCGAAGGUGAGCAAUGGAAUCAAAUUGCCAAUCAAUUUGAAGCUCGGUGGCACUUUCCGCUUUGUAUAGGUGCCUUGGAUGGAAAGCACGUCGCUUUCAGAGCAUCAAAAACGGAUGGUUCUCUGUACUACAAUUAUAAAGGCUUCAACAGUGUCGUUUUGUUGGCCAUGUGCGAUGCAGAAUACAAAUUUUUAUUUGUGGAUAUCGGCUGCAAUGGACGUAUCAGCGACGGAGGUGUCCUGAGUCGCAGUGACCUUGCAAGAAUCCUUUUGCAAGCCGAUAGGUUUUUACCAAGGGAUAAAGUUAUCGGCAAUAAUAGACUUUUGCCGUAUGUCAUUGUUGGGGAUGAUGCGUUUCCAUUGGAAAAACACCUCAUGAAACCCUUCCCAUAUCAUACCAACAGUGAAUCGGAAAAAAAUUUCAAUUUUCGUCUAAGCCAUGCCAGACAAACGAUUGAACAUGCCUUUGGGAUUUUAUCAAACCGGUUCAGAGUGUUGCAAUCAAAUAUACAUUUGAGACCUCCAAAAGUUAUAAAAAUCAUACAAGCCUGCUGUGUGUUGCAUAAUUUUUUAAUAACGAAAAGUGUGAAUUAUGUAACAGAGAUUAACGUCCGAUCAUCAGAAACUCCUGCAAAUGUUGAAAACGAUGAUGGACAUAGGACAAGCAAUCCUAGAAGACACAGCAACGAAGCUGGAGAAGUUCGAAACAUUUUUUCCGAGUACUUUAAUAACGAGGGAAAGCUUUUUUAUGUAUAA